GAGAUGCCAACCUUCCUGUCAGUCUUUGAGCCCCCUUCUUUGUAGUUGGUGGCUCCAUCCGAAGUAUAGCUUCAAUUUUACUUGGAUUAGCUUCAAUUCCUUUUGUUGAAACCAAGCAUCCAAGAAAUUUUCCCUUCUUUACUCCGAAGACGCAUUUUUCUGGAUUCAACUUUAAACCAGCUUGUCUGAAACUGGCGAAGGUCUCCUGCAGAUCAGCAAUAUGAUUCUCCUGUUUCGUGCUUUUUACAAUGAUGUCAUCAACAUAAGUUAGCACAUUUCUGCCUAUCUGAGACUGGAGAACCUUCGCAGUCAUUCUGCUGAAACUUCCUCCAGCGUUUUUUUAGCCCCUCAGGCAUCCGAAGAUAGCAAUAUGUGCCACUUGGAGUUAUGAAGCUAGUCUUCGGCUCAUCUUCCUUCUUCAUCCAGAUUUGAUGGUAGCCUGAAUAACAGUCUAACAGACUCAUGAGCUCUGAAGAAGCUGCUGCAUCAACUAAAGAGUCUAUCCUUGGCAAUGGGAAUUCAUCCUUCAGACAAGCCUUGUUAAGAUCUGUAAAAUCGAUACACAUUCGCCACUUGCCAUUGGCCUUUUUUACCAUAACAGUGUUAGCUAGCCAUUCUGGGUACUUUACUUCUCUGAUAACUCCUGCACUGAGGAGUCUUUUGACUUCGUUACGAGCACCUUCGGCCUUAUCAUCUGACAUUUUCCGAAGCCUCUGCUUUCUGGGUCUGAAGGAUGGAUCGACAUUGAGCGAGUGUUCAAUAACAUCCCUGUUAACUCCACAGAGAUCAUUGGCUGACCAUGCAAAAACAUCUUUGUUGUUGAACAAAAACCUUAUCAAGUUUUUCUCUUGUUCUUCGGAUAACUGAGAGCCCAACAACACCUUCUGCUCUGCUAUAUCCUCACAUAAGAGCAUGAGCUUCGGCUGAUCUGCUGAAGCUGCUUUCUCCCUUCUGAAUUUGUAUUGUUCACAAGCUUCAGCUCCAUCUAUGUUAUGGAUUGCUUUUGAGUCAGUCCAGUUUCCUUCGGCCCUUCUGGCAGCUUCCUGACUUCCAUGAAUAGCGAUGGGUCCUUGAUCCGAAGGUAUCUUCAUGCAAAGAUAAGUAGGGUGAAGAAUUGCUUCAAAAGCAUUGAGGGUGCCACGACCAAUAAUUGCAUUGUAAGGGUAUUCCAUGUCAACAAUGUCAAACACGACUUGCUCAGUUCUAGUGUUGUUGAUGAACCCGAAGGUCACUGACAUGGUGAUCUUGCCCAGUGCUACAAUCUGUCUUCCUCCGAAGCCACAGAGAGGAUGUGUAGCAUCAUGAAUCUUAUCUUCUGGCUCUUGCAUUUGUCUGAAGGCCUUAGCAAAUAUGAUAUCAGCUGCACUGCCUGUGUCAACCAAGACAUUGUGGACCAGAAAUCCUUUGAUAACACAAGAGAUAACCAUGGCAUCGUUGUGUGGGUAAUCCUUGAGCUGAAGGUCCUCUUGGGAGAAGGUAAUAGGAAUGUGAGACCAUCUUGACUUGAUGAAGGGUCCUUGCACCCCAACAUGCUGCACCCUUCUCUGUGCUUCCUUCUUUUGUUUCUUGUUAGCUGGCUCUGAGGACGAACCACCUGUGAUCGGGAGCACCAGCUUCGGGUCCGAAGCGGCUCCAGCUUGGUCGUUGAACGAAGCCAUCAGCUCAAAAAGUGGAAGUGAGUUCACCGGAGGUGGGCGCCAAUGUUGGGGACUUGUUCUCAAGUGCUAUGAAUUAAGAACAAGGCAACAUAAAGUGUUAAAUGUUAAUGUCCUUCGUCCAUGAAACAUUAUUCCCUUGAGGAUAAUGGGCCUUGGACGAAGGUUGAUGAGAGUAAAAUUACGAAGCUUAAGUCUUCGUAAUAAAAUUUCAAUAGAUAUUGUAAGACAACAUAAAAUAAGAGGUAUAAAAGGGGUAAAUAAAUCAUAGACAAAUUAUAUUAUAUUUACUUAAUAUAUUGAAUCAUUGAGUACAAUAAUACCUCUGCCUUAGCAAAGGUUGGAUUCCAGAAGAUGCGAUUACAAUUACCAGAAUUCGUGAACAGUAAAGGAAUACUGUUCACUAUUUAUAGGCACAGGACGCAGCCUGUGAGGAAUUACAAGUAUGCCCCUUAUAAAAGUUUACAACAUUGACUCAGACCUUUAUGGACUAAAAGGUCAUUCUAUCUUUAAGUCGAUUUGUAAUACCGAAGCUUUAUGAAGAGGAACCUUCGGCCAUCUUAUACAAACAGCAUCAGCCGAAGACCGCUUUUUCCUAUAAGACCUUCGGCGACGAAGCAUGGACCCAACAUAUAUAUACUUCGAAUAUAAUAAUAUAGGCUAUGUGUUUUUAAAUGAAAUUAAAAGAUAGUUGUUUGUUUAUUGUCUUUUACAUAAAAGUUCAUUUAAGGCAUAUACCAUAACUUUCCAUAAAUAGAUGUUUAAUAAUAAUAAUAAUGACCUUUUCACAUAAAACCUAUUUAGACUUAUAUCUUAAUUUAUCAUAAGUGAUAGGUUUAACAAUGAAUUAUAUGCUCCAUAAUGCUUCUAAAAUUAAUAACGUGAUUAGUAGCCCAUUAACCCUAGAUAUAUAACUUAUAUCUAUUCUAAAAGGUUAAAAAUGUUUAAUAUCGUUAUAACGUGUUUAUCGUGUUAUAAACCCUUAAUCUUAGACAUAUCACAUAUGACGAUUUAUAAAAGAUUAAUUUGGUAAAGCUAAUAGUUGUAUAUUUUAAUUAAGAUUAAGAUAUUUUAAGCUUAUAUCUUGUUUUAUAAAGUAUAGAUCACACAUUUUUGAAAAGAAUACCCUCUUAUUAUAACUAUGACUUGCGACGUUUUUGAAAAGCGAACGCUCUCUUUUCGUUAGGCUUUCUUUUAACUUUACGUAUGGUGAAUGUUGUAUGUUAUUGAGUGGUGUUUACUCUUCUUGUUUGUUUGUGUGAUAUUCAGUGGUUGAUCUAGUAGUUAAGAAUCAAGAUCUAUUCCUAUCCGUGGAGAACCUCAAGUUUUUAAUAAGCAAGGCAAGUGGACUUCUCCCUCUCCACACUCUGUUUGAUCCCAAACAAUACAUUUAAUAAAGUUUAUUCUUUUGGAUAUAUAUGCAUAAUUUGACGGGUUACCUAUUUAGAUAUCCUUUCCAACCUUAUUCCUUGAUCAAACCUGGGAAUUAUAAUUUAAUCAAGUAGCUAUGCUAUUGCUACAACUUAACUUUAUGCAGUCACUCCCGCUUAUGAUAUUAAUGUUUCAAAUGAUAAGUUUACAUUAUUGUUGUUAACUCGAUGGUUAAACAAGAUUAUUGCAUAUUAAUUGGAACAUGGAGUGACCACCCGGGAAAACAGUGCUACCAUGAGAACUAUCAUGGCUCUGGUCUUGGCUAAAUAACUAGGGAAGUCUUAUGUUAGGUGCUGGUCGUGGUCGACAGGAACGAGGGCAUCUGGCAAGCUCUUAUAGUUCCGGCUCAGGCAGAUUGGAUACGGGCAUAGUUCCCAAAGCUUUACCCUGUAGUCUGGACUAUAAGUUGGUUACGGUAGGUGUGCCUUAUGCAGUUUGACCAUUUCCAGCAUUUGCGUAAUGAGGACUCUAGGGAAAAGCCUCGUAGUGAGACCCUGGCCAUUCACCUCGGAAGUGAAUACGGGUCUAGCUAACCCGGGCUAGAAGGGAAUCGCGACUCAUGGGUAAAGAUGCGCCACCUCUGCAGAGUGUAAAACUGAUAUAUCAGCCGUGCUCACGGUUAUGAGCAGCCUGGACUCCUCACAUGAUAAUUGAACUUGAAGAUGGAAAUAAAUCGAGAUCCGAUGAUCUACCAAUGGUUUGCUUAAGUGGUUUCACUUAAGUGUUUUUGGUAUACUCUUAUACCUUUGUUUAAUGGGAAUACUUGGGAUUCACAUUUAUUAGUAAUUAGGUGUUGAUAAUAAAAUGUUGACCAACUAAAAUGCUUACUGCUCAACCUCAGCCUCACCUUGUUAUACCUGCAUUAGUUUUCCCCCACUUGCUGAGCCCCGACCAUAAGUGAGCUCACCCUUGCUUAAUUUUGAUCAGAAGUUGCAGAUGAAGUUAUGAUGCUGGACUCCAUGGAUGCUAGUCUAGUGAUACCCCCGGUCAUCUUCCUGUGGAUGGAUGUCCUUGUUUCGCUAUACUUUGAUGAAUAAAGGUUAAGACAUAUUGUCCGUUCGAAGUGUAAUAUGUUAAUAUAAUCGUUAUUUACGCUUUUAUGCAUUGUUCUUUUGAUAUAUUACACUUGUGACGUCAACAUAUGUGUGGAAAUAGAUUCUGGCACACAUAUGCGAUGCACCCGGUUCUACCCGUUGGAAACGGGUGUGACACAGUCCGGCGCACCCACCGAGACGAUAGGGUAGGACGUCGGCAAAAAAAGCGCACUCCGAUUGACGUAUAAAAAACGACGUGCCCGAACCGUAUUUUGCAGUCCAAAUUACCACGGCCCCAGAAAAAGGAGUCGCGUUCCAUUUUCAUUCUCCCACCCACCCGGAUCCUCCGCGCGCGCCGCCAGGUCCGUCGCGAUGGCCGCACUCCGCCUCCCCGCCCAGCCGGUGGCGAGGUGGCCCCACCUUCCUUCCGCCUACGCCGCCGCCGCCGCCGCGCGUCGGGUCUCGGCCCCUCGCGGCCAUCUCGCGGCGCGGCGGGCCAAGGGGGAGGAGCCGCCGGAGCCGCCGGUGAGGACGCUGCUGAUCGACAACUAUGACAGCUACACCUACAACAUCUUCCAGGAGCUGUCGGUCGUCAACGGCGUGCCGCCCGUGGUCGUGCGCAACGACGAGUGGACGUGGGGGGACAUCUUUAACCGGUUGUACAAGGACCGCACCUUCGACAACAUCGUCAUCUCGCCUGGCCCUGGAUCUCCGGCAUGCCCCGCCGACAUAGGGGUAUGUCUGCGCAUACUUUUGGAGUGUGGAGAUAUACCCAUCUUGGGUGUCUGCCUUGGCCACCAGGCCCUGGGAUUUGUACAUGGUGCUGAGAUUGUUCAUGCUCCAGAAGCUAUACACGGGCGACUCAGUGAAAUUGAGCACGAUGGAUGCCACCUCUUUAAUCGUGUCCCCUCAGGUAGAAAUUCUGGCUUCAAGGUAGUGAGGUAUCAUUCCCUUGUAAUAGAAUCUGGUUCUCUACCUGAUGAUCUUACAUCGAUAGCGUGGACUGCUUCUCCAAAUUUGCUUUCUUACCUUGAAAGUGAUCGAACCAAUGUUAGUACCUUCUUGGGAACAUUGGAUAACAAUUUAAUGAGAAACCCUCUAGAGUACAGUAACAAUGGUGGGGAACUAUCCAACAUAGGACAUGCUUGUGAGUCAGAUGAUAGCCGAGUUAUCAUGGGCAUCAGGCACUCUAGCAGGCCUCAUUAUGGAGUGCAGUUUCACCCAGAGAGCAUUGCUACUCAUCACGGAAGACAGAUUUUCCGAAACUUUAAGAAGAUAACAGGAAAUUUUGGAUUGCGCUCAUCGUGGAUUCAGGAAAGAAAGGUUCACAGUAUUGGUAAACUGGAAAAAUCUCAAGUCAAUUCUGCAAGUCAUCAUGAUUCUAUUCCUAAGGACUUGUUGCAUACUGAAAGAAUGGAACUUUCAGAGUCUGUACUUGGAAAGAGAGGGAUUGGGAAGAAGUGUUUACGAUUACAAUGGAAGAAGAUUGAAAAUUUUGUCUGUCCCACAGUAGGCUCUGAAGACAUAUUUGCGGUGCUUUUUGGCCAUCAAAGCGGUGAAGACACAUUUUGGUUGGAUAGCUCAUCAGUUGACCAGAACAGGGCACGUUUUUCAUUCAUGGGUGGUAAAGGUGGGUCCCUGUGGAAGCAAAUGUCAUUCCACCUAUCUGGUCAAAGAGCCAAUUGUGGAGGAAUGCUUAGUAUCCAAGAUGCUUAUGGAUUUACUGCCAAAAAAUUUAUCAAAGACGGCUUCUUGGAGUUCCUUAACAAGGAGAUUGAGUCCAUUCAAUACAAUGAGAAGGAUUACGAAGGACUGCCCUUUGAAUUCCAUGGUGGCUUCGUUGGAUAUCUUGGGUAUGGUCUUAAAGUGGAGUGUGAUGCAUCAUCGAACAAGGCCAAAUCAAGUACUCCUGAUGCAUGCUUCGUCUUUGCUGAUAACACUGUGGUGGUUGAUCACAGCAAUGGUGAUGUGUAUAUUUUGUCACUGCAUGAUGAAUUUUAUUCUAGUAAUGGAGAUGGGAUAUGCAAAAAUUCAACGCAUACUUCAUGGUUAGUGGAGACUGAGAAGAAGCUUCUCAGGUUGGGUGGUAUGCCCUCAGGAUCACCAAUUAUCCGAAAGACACAUGCUAGAUCAUCCAGUGUGCAUAAGCAGGCAGGAUCACCAAUUAAUGGAAAGACAUAUGUUAGAUCAUCCAGUGCGCUGAAGCAGAGUUUUGUUGUAGAGAAAUCAAAGGACCAAUAUGUUAGAGACGUUCAGAAUUGCUUGGAUUAUAUCAGGGACGGAGAAAGCUAUGAGUUGUGCUUAACUACUCAGAUGAAGAGAAGAGCAGACUGUAUAAAUGCACUCCAACUCUACCUUAAACUGAGAAAACAAAAUCCAGCGCCUUAUGCGGCCUGGCUUAACUUCUCCUCAGAAAACUUGAGCAUAUGUUGCUCUUCUCCAGAAAGGUUUCUACGACUAGACCGAGCUGGAGUUCUAGAAGCGAAACCAAUUAAAGGUACUAUAGCACGUGGCAGAACACCAGAGGAAGAUGAAUGCUUACGUCUGCAGUUGAGAUACAGCGAAAAAGACCAGGCCGAGAACCUGAUGAUUGUCGACCUCUUAAGAAACGAUCUCGGCAAGGUCUGCGAGCCAGGGAGCGUGCAUGUCCCACGCCUCAUGGACGUUGAAUCAUACAGAAGUGUUCACACCAUGGUGAGUACCGUCUGCGGAACAAAGAAGCCAGAUCUAAGCCCCGUUGAUUGUGUGAAAGCGGCCUUUCCAGGCGGUUCGAUGACCGGGGCUCCAAAAGUCAGAUCAAUGGAGAUCCUUGAUUCACUUGAGACAAGCCCAAGAGGAGUGUACUCAGGAUCGAUCGGGUUCUUCUCGUACAACCACACAUUCGACCUGAACAUUGUGAUCCGAACUGUUAUCCUGCACGACGGAGAAGCCUCGGUCGGGGCGGGUGGGGCGAUCGUAGCGCUGUCGAGCCCAGAAGCAGAGUACGACGAAAUGCUGCUGAAAGCGAAAGCCCCGACUGAGGUGGUUGAGGAUCUCGUUCAGACGAUCUACAGCUCAGACCGGUCGGAUUCCAUGCAGACAACUAUCAGCUAGAUCAGAUAGGCAAAGGACCAUUAUUUGUCGCGACACCAAGCGCUUACGAUGGACCUCGGCAAACACCAUGUGUCUCAGAAAUUUGGUAUCAGUGACCGGUGCGUGCUGAUGAACAUUGGCAGUGGGAGAGGGGGGGGGGGGGGGGGGGGGGGGGUGAGGUGGCGUAUCUUCUUUGCGAUGGUCAUCCCUUUGCCAGAAGGAAAUAAAGGAGACGCGAAGAGGAUGUCGAGGUCAGUCGGAUCCACGGUUAGCAUAUAGAGUCAGGUGACAUGGCCUCUCUCAACUAUAGUGUGUGUGUGUGUGUGGCAUAUACGGUGAGCAUAUACAAGAACAACAGUGUGUGUGUGGCAGAAGUGAAACAAACUGAUACGGUUGUGUUGCACUGUCGUACCAGUUCAAUGUUCCUGAAGUGAUAUUAUUCUUUGACGUUAUAAAUACUUCGAGGGUGGGUGGGCGAAUUUCACGUUU